AAAAUUCAGCUAGUGAAGCAAGGCAGCGCGCGCGCAGCGGACGUAUCGCGUCGUAUAUUAAUAUGUUGUUCGCUAUGAUUGCGCACCAAGCAUGAGCGACGAACGCUCUUCCACGGAUAACGUCCCCGGCGGGACGCCUAACUUUCCGACAGUGUCCAGUCUCAAAUCGGAAGACUCUACCGAGCAGCUGAUAUGUAAGACUCCGCAGAAGAACAACGUCAAGAGAGGGGUCAGUGUCAGUUCCAAGAGUGUGGAAGCGGGAAGUGACGACGGGAACGGGUCGCGGCGACUGAUCGUAGUACUGGGAGUGGCGCAAGUGGGUUUAGGGGUGCUUCUAGUCGGGAGCGGCGCCCUCGCGGUGGUGAAGGGCGCGGCGCUGUCCCGGGUCGGAGCCGGCCUUUGGGCGGGUGGACUAGCCGUGGUCGCUGGCGUGGUCGGCGUCAUCGCAGGCCUUAACGACUGCUACGCGCUCAACGGCCCUACUUCAGGGGGAUUACUGACUGCGUUUCUGGCGUUAUCCUUGCUUUGCCUAGCUUGCGGUAACAGCGCUGCUGUGCUGGCGGCCGCAGGCCUUCGAAGAGAUUCGCUUCGAGACCCCGAUCCACUUGACACCUUUCAAGAUGAAAUGCAAGCCUGGACGCCAGUGUUGACUAAUAUAGCACUUCUAAUCGUCGCGUCACUUCACUGUCUGGUGUGUGUCAUUUCCAUCUACUACCUGUCGAAGCGCGUCUGCUCGUGCUUCCGCCCCAAGCAGGCCUUUGACCACAACCAAUUCUCAGUGGAUUACAAAACUCCUUGCGUAUUUCAUGUCGACGAGAUGAAAAAGGCUCAGGAUCAGGAGCGACACCGCGGUCACGAGCUGUGCAAAGAGUUGGAGGCAAAAUUACAGAUCGACGCACCAAAGAGGAAGAAGGAUGAGUGUGAGUUCGGCAGCGCGAACAGUAAGGAGCAUCUCGUCAACCGAUGGCUGGGUCGCCACGGUGGCGCUGCAGGACGGCUGCUACCCCGCCACGGUGUACGGAAGGCUAGGAAACCUCCGACGGGUCCUGUGGUGCUCGUACCGGCGCAUCCGGCUAGCACGCUUGGUCGAAUGCCUGUGGGCGUGGUAGUACCUCCCCGACCCUACGCCACGCUGCCCCUGCCUCCGGCGCAUUACGCGCCGCCCGCCCAGUUGUACUACCCCAUACACGAUACGCGCAUCCGCCGUCGUCGGUCUCCCCGUGAGGCUCGCCACGAGCGGCGUCGGCGAGUGGUUCGUGAGCGCGAUUCCCUGACUCGCUCGCUUGAGCGGAUCCACCGCAAAAGGCGUGCGGAUCGCGAGCGGCUGUCCGACGCCGAACUCAAAAGGACGUACACGGGCUUAGACAGAGCAUACGCGGAACAGUUCAUAGCGGUGUGCGACAGCAGCCGGCUGUCGGCAGAACAGCACGACUCGCUGGCUUCGACGGCCACCAGCGACUCCAAUAACAGCCAAGACACACAAUGACCGUCUACAGCACUUCCUUCAAUGAGCACUAAUUAUUGUUAAAAAACCAAAACCCUAAACAACUCAUAGAUGAAGGGAAUAACUAAUUAGAAAUGAAGAAAAAUUGCUUUAGUUGGUAUUUAUUUUGUAAAUUGAGAUUAUUUGAGACACAUACUCGUUAGUUAAUUGUAGAAUAUAUUGUGUAAAUGAUAAAACUAUCACUGAAGUGAUGUUUUACCAAGCUUUGAGUAAAUUAAUUAGAAAUACGUUCAGUUCUCCGAAGCUGACUGCACCAGACUAACUUUACUGGGUUAGGUACGUUGACGUGCUCCGAAUAUUGACUCCUGUAUCUAACUACUCCUACUAACCUCACUUUACUAAUAGAUAACUAUCGUCAAAUAUCUGUGUUAACGUGUUCUGUUAAGUUUUCAUUGAGCUUUAAGAUUUUAUCUAGUUUUUUAGGUAUUGUAAAUGUGCAUAUUGUAUAUACUUUUUACGUUUACUCGUUACGUGAUGUACGCAACGGGAUAAAAAAUUAGCUGUAUGAAGAAAGUGGAUAACAUUUCUGCUUUUUUACUAUUCAUUGUAGUACAUAGUGUUUUGCUCAAAUUGAAUCUAGCUUUUCGAUUUAACAUCGAACAAAUUACAUUCUAGCGUAUUCUUAAAUAACGUAUAAAACUUAUUUUUACCCUUAUUUUUAGUUACCGAUAAAAGUUAAUAUAUCCUGUAAAUAACUGUUAAUAAUUGAUAAACUAUAUAUAACGUAACAAAUUGUGUAAAAAUAAAAUAUCGGUCCUAGUCGCUCGAUUGGCAAAAGUUAACUUUUAGAGGCAAGGAUUUAUUUAUAAAUUGGACCAAAAGUUGGACAUUUAGUUACACAUGUGUUAAUGAUCACAUCCAGAUUAUUCUCAACGAGAAUUUCGAUCGAGUUGUGUUCAUUUUGGGUUGUUAUAAGAUUUCUGUCUAUAAAUAAGAACAAUAUGAAUAAAUAGUUUCUUUUUGUA